AUGCUCGGCAGAAUGGCUACCUCUCCAGACUCCAGUAGCACAGUGGUUAGGCGGCAGCGGCCUUCCGUCACCCAGUCACCCGCUGUUGCGGGCACAUGGCGUUCGCCCCGGCCCGUCCUCCCGCAGCCAUCACCCCCCGUGAGUCGCUCCACCAACGAUGAACCGAGCAGCAGCGCGGCCCGUCCUCUGCCGGUGCUGCCGAAGGUGAAGAUUCCUUCCUUCCCGGAACAAACACGCCCCCAGGGACCUCCGAAGCGCAACGCGGAUGCCGACGCUCCUUCCCCACGCCAUCGAAUGACGAAACGCACUCGUCAUGCGUACACCGCCAAGGAGAAGCUCCACUGGCUGAAACUGCAGGAAUCGCAGCCGGACCUGUCGAAUCGAGCUUUGUCCAAGCUGGCGAAGGUGCAGCCCUGCCAGAUCCGCGAGUGGAAGCGGAUGAUGGAGCGUCUGGAGGUCGCCUCUGGAUGCCGCCGUCGCCUCAUUGGAGCUGAGCGCCGCGCGAAGUACCCGUUCAUGUAA